GUUUGCAGCCUGGAUGGAAUGAAGUGGAGAAGGAGGAAGUCAGUCUGUGCUUAAAACCUUGAUCCUGCUUGAGUGGAUUUGUCUUUUGCAGCUGCCAUCACCUGUGGACAUCAUAGUCCAGUUUCUUCAGCCUUUCAAAGCAGACUGAGCUGCUUCUGGACCCUCUGGCUCUUCAGUGUGAAGAAGGAGUUUUGCACAAGAUUUGCAAAAUGAUGACUAUACAUAUGAUCUGGGGAAUUGGUGUAGCAGUAUGUUGCUGUUUAUGGCUUAUUUUUGGAAUAAGGAGAAGGAAAAUAGGUGAGCCACCUCUGGAGAAUGGGCUGAUUCCAUACCUGGGUUGUGCUCUGAAAUUUGGGGUCAAUCCUCUUGAGUUCCUCAGAGCAAAUCAGAGGAAACAUGGUCAUGUUUUUACCUGCAAACUAAUGGGAAAAUAUGUCCAUUUCAUUACAAAUUCCUUGUCAUACCAUAAAGUGUUGUGCCAUGGAAAAUAUUUUGAUUGGAAAAAAUUUCACUACACUACUUCUGCCAAGGCAUUUGGGCACAGAAGCAUUGACCCCAGUGAUGGAAACACCACUGAAAACAUAAACAGUACUUUCAACAAGACCCUGCAGGGCAAAGCCUUGGAUGCUCUCACGGAAGCCAUGAUGGAAAACCUCCAGUUCAUUCUGAGACCACCGGUCCCUCCCACAUCGAAGAGUGCAGCCUGGGUGACCGAGGGCAUGUACUCCUUCUGCUACCGAGUGAUGUUUGAAGCUGGGUAUCUAACUCUCUUUGGCAGAGAUCUUACAAUGCAAGACACACAAAAAGCCCUCAUUCUCAACAACCUUGACAACUUUAAGCAAUUUGACAAGGUUUUCCCGGCCCUGGCCGCCGGCCUCCCCAUUCGAGCGUUCAAGACAGCGCACAAGGCCCGGGAGAAGCUGGCGGAGGACUUGCGGCACGACAGGCUCCGCGUGCGGGCCAGCGUCUCCGAGCUGAUCCGCCUGCGCAUGCACCUGAACGACACGCUCUCCACCUUCGACGACGCUGAGAAGGCCAAGACGCACCUCGCCGUCCUCUGGGCCUCGCAAGCGAACACCAUUCCUGCCACUUUCUGGAGCUUGUUUCAAAUGAUUAGGAGUCCUGAAGCAAUGAAAGCGGCUGCUGAAGAAGUGAAUAGGGCAUUGGAGAGUGCUGGUCACCAACUCAGCGUUGAAGGCAACCCUAUUCAUUUGAAUCAAAUGCAACUGAAUGACCUGCCAGUACUAGAUAGUAUCAUCAAAGAGGCUUUGAGGCUUUCCAGUGCCUCCCUGAAUAUUCGGACAGCUAAGGAGGAUUUCACUUUGCACCUUGAGGAUGGUUCCUACAACAUCCGAAAAGAUGACAUCAUAGCUCUUUAUCCACAGUUAAUGCAUUUAGAUCCAGAAAUCUACCCAGACCCUCUGACUUUUAAAUAUGAUCGGUAUCUUGAUGAAAACAAGAAAACAAAGACCACCUUCUACAGCAAUGGAAUCAAGUUAAAGUACUACUACAUGCCUUUUGGAUCGGGAGCUACAAUAUGUCCAGGAAGAUUAUUCGCUGUCCAAGAAAUCAAGCAAUUUUUGAUUCUGAUGCUUUUGUAUUUUGAACUGGAGCUUGUGGAGAGCCAAGCUAAAUGUCCCCCUUUGGACCAGUCCCGUGUAGGCUUGGGCAUUUUACCACCAUUAAAUGACAUUGAGUUUAAAUAUAAACUCAAACAUGUUUCAAUGUGUGGUUAGCAAGAGGCACUAGAUGAUGUUAUAGGACUGCAGUCUACCAUCACUAUGCAGUUCCUAGAGGUGAGGAAGGGAUUCAGCAUACUUAGUUCUGCUCACUGAUGUUUGCCUGAGCAUCUAACAUUUUAUUCAAGUUUUCAGAUGCUGCCUCAGACUGUGAUAGUGAAAGAACUAAUUUCUAGGAGCACAAUAAUUUAUUCUCACUUGCAUAAGUCAAUGGAUGUUCUUAUACCCAAGGACCAAAAUUCAUUAGUUUCAGAGAAAAAUGCAUUUUUUUUUCUUAAAAUGAAGAUAUUCCAAUUGGCAAUUUUUUUCCUAAGGAAAUUUAUUUUUUAUAAAAAUCACUCAACUAUUAAGAAAAAGGUUCAAAUUCACGUUUUAGUGAAAAGGCAUUAUUUUUGACUAAAUAAUGAGGUUCUUCGGGUGUGAGCAUAUAUUAUCAAAGAUAUUUUGAAGGGUUAUAUUAUGCCUUUUAUUAAAAAGGAAAUAUGUUAAAGUUUUUUCUAUAUCCAGUAUUCAUGGCUUUUUAAGUGUUUGGAAAAUACUAACAAUGGUUUUGAUAUUUUUCCCUUUAUUUUUAAAUUUAUUGUUGCUGGAAACUGUUACAUCAGGCUUCAGCUGUUUCAUCUGUACCGUGAUUCUUUAUCAAUAGUUUUUUUUCAGAGAUUAAAAAUGUCCUUUUCUGUCAUUGGUAAAUAUGCAUCAGUGAAAAGAAUGUAGCUCUUAUGUGAUACAUUUUAACUAGUGUGAGAAACUGAGAGUGUAAAUAAGGACUAAAAGGAUUAAUAACUAAUAAUUGAUACUUUGAAAUAGGAAA